AUGGCAAGGAUAAUAGUCGUUGCUUUAUGCGUUUUCGUCUCCCUUGGAGCGCUGAUUUUUGGCAUGGACGGAGGAUAUCUCUCGGGGGUCCUCGCCAUGCCGAACUUCAUCGAGGACUUUGGAAGGUACGAUGCUGUGCAUAAUAAGCAUUACAUCUCUGCUAGCCAGCAGUCCUUCAUCACUUCGUUCCCCUAUGUGGGACAGUUCGGAGCGGCAAUGGUGGGAGGUUAUAUUGGAGAUCACUUUGGAAGAAGGUGGGGGCUGUUUGUGAUGUGUGUAGUAAGUAUUGUAGGUGUUGUCAUGCAAAUUGUGGCCAAGAAUGAGGCUUUAUUUGUGGCGGGGAGGUUUUUUAAUUAUAUAUCAAUCGGCUUUGCGACAAUCUUUGUACCCGUCUAUCAAGCCGAGUGCUCUCCGCGUAAAAUCAGGGGUACAAUGAUUACGCUCUACCAAUUAAACAUUGUCCUCGGAAGCUUCGUGAUUUCGAUUGUUAACAACUUCACACAACACAUUAAAAGCGACGCAUCAUAUCGGAUUCCAAUCGGCCUACUACUGAUACUCCCGAUUUUGAUUAUUCCUGGGCUUCCAUUCCUUCCUGAAUCUCCACGUUGGUUAAUGAAGAAGGGGCGAGAAGAGGAUGCGAGAAAGAGUUUAACUUUACUUCACAAAGAUGACGUCGACUUCUCAGUUGAAAGCGAGAUUGCGUUCCUCAAAGCCACUAUAACCGAGCAGGAAGAACUCAAUAAGUCUUCUACGUGGGCUGACUGUUUCCGUGGUACAAAUCUCAGAAGAACCCUCCUCGCCAUCCUCAUCCAAGUUAUGCAACAAUUUACCGGUGUCUCCUUCAUUUUCAACUAUGGCACAGUUUUCUUCUCUCAAGUCGGUGUUGGAGGCCCCUUCAUAAUCAUGAUAAUGACAAACUUGGUCAACCUAAUCGGGACAGUCGUCUCCUUCUUCCUUGUUGACCGUCUAGGAAGAAGACCCCUCUUAUUGGCAGGUUCGGUAAUUAUGUUUAUCGGGCAGCUUUCUGUGGGUGUAUCGGGUUUGAAGGCUGAGGAGGGGGAUAUGAAGGCUAAGAAAGCCAUUGUGGCAUUUGUAUUGAUCUAUGUUUUUGGAUUUGCGGCUUCCUGGGGUCCACUAGCGUGGGUCAUAACGUCGGAAGUCAGCACAAAUACUAUUCGUGAGAAAACACAAGCGCUUGGUAGCGCAUCCAAUAUCCUGGCCUCGUGGGUCGUGACAUUUACCCUUCCCUACUUGACAAAUGCAGACCAGGCUGGCCUGGGACCCAAAGUUGGGUUCAUUUUCGCCUGCUUUGUCGCUAUAGGGGGUGUUUAUACAUAUAUCUUUGUUCCCGAGACAAGUGGCAGGGCGUUGGAAGAACUUGAUGAGUUAUUCCAAAAGGGGGUACCGUCGAGGAAAUUCAAAGGUUACCAAAUCACCGGUGCUGCAGCUCUGGUAGAUCAAUCCCUCGAAUCCAAAUCAUUCGAUAACGAAAAACCAUCCGAGUUAUCUAAAACUGAAGUCUAG